AGAGUUUUUUUUCUCGAGCGCAGGAUCAGUGUCUGAGGCCGCCACCAUGCCGGACCCGGAACGAAGCCGGGUGCACUGUUUUCGCGACCACGCCGUCGCCGGCGCCAACUGGAGACAGACGCGGUUUGUCGACGAAGUGCCUAGUGCACGCGUGUGCGGCCUUUGCCGCAUGAUUCCAAUGCGGACGGUGACGCUACCGUGCUCGCACGCUCUCUGCCCAUCUUGCCACGCAGCCAGCUCUCGAGAUGGUGUCGGGCUGUGUCCCUUGGAUCAACAUCCGUUUGAGGAAGCGGAGAGCCUUUCUGUUGUCUUCCCCGCCAAGAAAGUGGAAAGCUUGAAGGUUUAUUGCUGGAAUGCAGCGCAAGGCUGCGAGUUCGUGGGCACUGUGGAAGGUCUGCUGCCGCACUACGAGAGCGCAUGCACAUUCCACACCGUGGAAUGUUUCCGGUGCAACGAGGCAGUACUGCACAAAGACCUGCCAGGGCACUACGCGAACGGAUGCAGCGCAGUUUCUUCUUCAGCCACCACAGACCAUUCGUCCUUGGAGUCCACAGCAGCGAGAAUUCGAGGCAUGGCCAUGGAAAACCUGAAGUUGGACUUGAGGGAUCCGCAUCGUGACCUGUCUGCAAUUAGGAGCCAGAUGAAUGAUCUCUCAGAGCGCGCCAUCUGCCAGGAAGCCAGGUCCAUUGAGCUCGCUCGCGAAUUCAGGGAAUCUGUGCAGAACCUGAAGGACGAGAUGACUAAAAUAGCGGCCGCCAUCUCUAUGACGGGGUCGCACCAGCUGCGGUCUGGGCGAGAUCCAUCAGACGAAGCCGGCACGUCGUCACCGCUACCGUUGCGCUUGGAAAAGGCGCUCAUACUCCGAAAGUUGGAACACUUUGCCCACAUGUCGCUCGACACGUUGGAACACUUGCGGCAAAACGCCACUCGGCAUGGUCACCGCCCGGUGAUCGCGUAUUGCGAGCCUGUUGUCCAUUCACUCGAUAAAUUUCGCCGUUUAACCAGUGCGGUGUCCACGGCACACGGGUUGGGUGAGCAACUUUCGAGGAUUUGCUAUAGCCUGAUCCUCGAGAAUGCUGGCGCAAUUUUUCUCUGUGAACAGGAGGAGAGGAAGUUUGCCGACGUGACUGUGUCGCACACGCGGGACACUUACCUUACGCUCGUCGUCUGGAAGCGCACCUGUGAAGGACUUUCUGACCUCGUCGUGGAUAUAGAGUUUAACGGGCUUCUGGUGGGCUCUCGGUGCGUGCUUAAUGAUUGGUCCGUAAAGGUGCGACAUUCGGGUGAAGAGCUUGUUUUCAACGGUCCAUUUGAAUGCGGUUGCAUUUGCACCCGAGAUUUAGAGACAAUGAUACAUUUUCACCGCGAUUUCACUAUCCCGUUAGAUUCCGUGAAGAAUGCCUGCUUUCUUAAAGACGGAAAUGUAAUGCUCGAGAUCCAGCUAGACUAUUUACCGAAUAAGGAGUGCAUAGACUCGAGCAAAUGAUGCUCGUCAGCGCUGGGCAUGCUUCGCGAAGCCAAAUUCUCCUUGUUUCUUCCCGUCUUUGUAACUCCAAGUUGUUUGCGCCUUUACUCUUGUAUAAAUUAAACUUUACGGAGUUUCA